GCAGUGAAGCUAAUUUAGUACCGCAUGAUACGUGAGAUUUAUGUGCUUAAUACAUGUGUCAUGUUUUUGUAACCACUUUAAAUACAAAACAGCGCGUCUCAAUCGUGACUCUGGCUGAUUGAAGAGAAGCUAACCGGGGGUGUUGUCACGUCGUGCCUGCCAACGCCUCGGAGAAACCAACCACCGCGGCGUCGAGUUACGCAACACGACGUGAAUCCGCUUGACUCCGCCGCCGCUGCGUCCGAAGCGUAAAACCCAGGCUCAUCACAUUUGCGCUCUCGUGUUUCGUCAGUGAUGCACUAUCCCGUGCCUUCCCCCCAUACGAGGCAUGUCUUCUCCACACCACACCACUCCAGCUUCCUCGCAUGAAUUCACCGCGCCGUCGCCUCUUCCCAGCUGAACAGGCUCUUUCGCCGUGAGGGUCGGUGUUUGUCCGGCCCACCGCAGCAGCCGCCCCGGCCGGCAGCUGUGCCCUCUGCUCCCGAAGGCAGUCCCCGACAUGACCUCCCCUUUCUGCGAUUCUGCCGAUACUCGCUAAAUGGGAUUCGUGGCUGGCCUGAGGUUUCCACAGCAACUGGCCAUCCGCUUCCAUUAUUUCUCUAAUGAGGACAGCCACAAGGAUUUAACACGGUUCCUCGCUGCGCGUCUCUGAUUUUUGGGCUGAAUCUCCAGACGCGACAAAGGUCUGCACAUGGGGGCGGGCAAAAGCAAGCCCAAGGAGCCGGGCCAGCGCUCCAUGAGCCUGGAUGGCACCAUCGGCACAGGCUCGGACAGCGGGCACUUCCACCACCUGGGCCCCGCCCAGCAGACCCAAACCCCCAACAGGAGCCCUGCGGUGGGGACAGGCAGGCGGGGGCAUCAAGGGCAGCACCAGCUCGCCCCGACAAACACUCCUGAGCUGGCUCUCUUUGGAGGGGUGGACCACACAGGCACUAUCACCUCGCCCCAGAGAGGACCUCUGUCAGGAGGUGUCACUACAUUUGUGGCGCUGUAUGACUAUGAGUCACGGACAGCAUCUGAUCUGACCUUUAGGAAAGGCGACAGGCUGCAGAUUGUCAACAACACGAAAAAGUACAGCUUCAGAGAAGGGGACUGGUGGCUCGCUCGCUCCCUGACGACAGGAGAGAGUGGAUAUAUCCCUAGCAACUAUGUGGCUCCGUCCGACUCCAUCCAAGCAGAAGAGUGGUAUUUUGGGAAGAUCACUCGGCGCGACUCCGAGAGGCACCUUCUGAACUUACAGAACAGACGAGGAACCUUCCUGGUGAGGGAGAGUGAGACCACUAAAGGGGCAUAUUGCCUGUCAGUGCUGGACUACGAUAACACCAAAGGGCUGAAUGUUAAACAUUACAAGAUCAGGAAGCUGGACAGCGGAGGUUUCUACAUCACCUCCCGCACCCAGUUCACAAGCCUACAGCAGCUAGUCUUCCACUACCGCAAGCACUCUGAUGGGCUGUGCCACGCUCUGUCAGAUGUGUGUCCUGUGGCCAAACCUCAGACCCAGGGACUGGCCAGGGACGCCUGGGAGAUCCCCAGAGAGUCCCUCCGCCUCGACCUUAAACUGGGACAGGGCUGCUUUGGAGAGGUCUGGAUGGGCACAUGGAACGGUACAACACGGGUAGCCAUUAAGACCCUAAAGCCUGGCACUAUGUCUCCAGAGGCCUUUCUUCAGGAAGCACAGGUCAUGAAGAAGCUGAGGCACGAGAAGCUGGUCCAGCUGUACGCCGUUGUGUCUGAGGAGCCUAUCUACAUUGUGACAGAGUACAUGAGCCAAGGUAGCUUACUGGACUUCCUUAAAGGGGACGCAGGAAAGAUGCUUCGUCUGCCUCAGCUAGUAGACAUGGCUGCUCAGAUUGCAGCAGGCAUGGCGUAUGUGGAGAGGAUGAACUACGUCCACAGAGACCUGCGCGCUGCCAACAUCCUGGUGGGAGACAACCUGGUGUGUAAAGUGGCCGACUUUGGCCUGGCAAGACUCAUUGAAGACAACGAGUACACUGCGAGACAGGGAGCGAAGUUCCCAAUCAAGUGGACGGCACCAGAGGCAGCUCUGUACGGUCGUUUCACCAUCAAGUCAGAUGUCUGGUCCUUUGGUGUGCUGCUCACAGAGCUGGCAACUAAAGGCAGAGUCCCCUAUCCAGGUAUGGUAAACCGCGAGGUGCUGGACCAGGUGGAGCGCGGCUACAGGAUGCCCUGCCCCGCAGAGUGCCCCAGUUCCUUGCACGAGCUCAUGCUCUCCUGCUGGAGGAAGGACCCCGAAGAGAGGCCUACGUUCGAGUACCUGCAGGGCUUCCUAGAGGACUACUUCACCUCCACAGAACCCCAGUAUCAGCCUGGGGAGAACCUAUAG